GUGGCAAAAUCAUGAAAGUGCAAAAAUUCAAGAAGAAUAACCAUACAAUUAAAUAACACAACAAUACAAAGGUUUGAAGUCUGUCAACCUGCAUCUUUACAGAUGUCAUGGCCUAGUUGAAAGAAAAUAUAAAAAAACUCUUGUAUCUGACGCAACACAAUACAGCAGAGUCAAUAUGUAGAUGAACUACCACUGAUCUAUUUUGGUAAAUAACAUGCCGUUUGUAGGUGAGGAAGGUAACCACACCACUGUACCUUUUGAAAGGCCCAUCACUCCAAUUUCCAAUAGCAUCUUUCAUAUUUAGAAUUCGAAAUAAGUGUGUAUAUAGGAGCAGCAACACGAGCUAGAAAUAAAACUGUGCUUGCUAUCACAAAAUUUGAGAAAGAACAGCACUCGGUAAAUCACUCCUACUCAUGGCAGAUCAUCAGAGACUGAGGAUCUACCCUAUGGAAGGGGAAGCACCACCUCCCCCAACAACGCCACUGGUACCUCCAGGCUCGUUAAGAUCAGAAAAGGGUGUCCCUUUACACCAUCCACCACUGCUACGUUCUGUGCCAGCAGUAUACUCUAAACCAGGGAAAAGAAGCUGUUGUUGCAAGUGCAUGUGUUGGACAAUAAGCUUGUUUGUUCUGCUCCUCAUUAUCCUGGCUGCAAUUGUUGGAAUCCUUUACCUAGUCUUCAAACCAAAACUUCCAGAUUACUCAGUUGACACACUGAGGAUAAGUGAUCUGAGGCUUAACUUUGACAUGAGUCUGUAUGCAAAGUUUGAUGUGAAGAUCACAGCAAACAAUCCAAACAAGAAGAUUGGCAUCUACUAUGAAAAGGGUGGAAAGUUAAGUGUGUGGUACACAAACACAAGGCUUUGUGAAGGGUCACUGCCGCAGUUCUACCAAGGUCACCAGAACAAAACAGUGCUCGACGUGUCCUUGAGUGGUCAAGUGCAGUCUGGAAGCACCUUAAUGGAGGCACUGCAACAGCAACAGCAGACAGGACGCAUUCCAUUGGAUCUGAAGGUGCAUGCACCAAUCGCCAUCAAACUUGGGAGGUUGAAGCUGAUGAAGAUCAGAGUCUUGGGAGAAUGCCUGUUGGUGGUGGAUAGCUUAUCAUCUAAUAAUCUCAUAAGCAUCAAGGCUAGCAACUGCAAAUUCAGAAUGAAACUUUGAUUUCCAUUCUGAGAGAGUUUUUGCCUUGCUUCAUCUCGUUUGUUUGUAUUCUUUUUUUCUUUUAAGAUUGAAAGACUUUUGAUUCUUUCAUGGAUAUUUUGAGUUCUAGAUUUUCGAUACUCCAUGUAACGAAACACCCCAUGUUUCUAUAUCACCAGCUAUUAUCUCUGUAUUUCUUUUCUUCUUCCUCUUUGAGAGUGUCUAUCAGCAUGGGGAGUCCAUCAAAGAUUUUUCAUAUUUCUUACACUACAUUA